GCUGCCCCGGGUCACGUGCGCAGACGCCAUAUUGGCUCCGGUGGCAGCAGCGCCCAGGAAGGCUGUGCUGGAGCGGCGCCGCUUUUUCCGGGCGUGGUUUUCAUCCUGGAGGAACGGUCUGUGGAGUGUGAGGGGAGGUGGAGGCGAUGGCGGCGGCGGUGCGGGAAGAUGGCGCCCGCGGUCGAGGGCGAGGGCGGCGGGGCUGCGAGCACUAUGACAGAGGAUGUCUCCUGAAGGCACCUUGCUGUGACAAGCUUUAUACUUGCCGAUUGUGUCAUGAUAACAAUGAAGAUCAUCAACUGGAUCGCUUUAAAGUGAAGGAAGUGCAGUGUAUAAGCUGUGAAAAAAUGCAGCACGCCCAACAGACUUGUGAAGAAUGUAGCACAUUGUUUGGAGAAUAUUACUGCAAUAUAUGCCAUCUGUUUGACAAAGAUAAGAAGCAGUAUCAUUGUGAAAACUGUGGAAUUUGUAGGAUUGGUCCAAAGGAGGAUUUUUUCCACUGUUUGAAAUGUAACUUAUGUCUAGCUAUGAAUCUUCAAGGAAAACACAAGUGUAUUGAAAAUGUUUCCCGGCAGAAUUGUCCAAUAUGUUUGGAGGACAUUCACACAUCCCGUGUUGUUGCUCAUGUCUUGCCAUGUGGACAUCUGUUACAUAGAACGUGUUAUGAAGAAAUGCUGAAAGAAGGCUACAGAUGUCCGCUAUGCAUGCACUCUGCUUUAGAUAUGACCAGGUACUGGAGACAGCUGGAUGAUGAGGUGGCACAGACUCCUAUGCCAUCAGAAUAUCAGAAUAUGACUGUGGAUAUUCUUUGCAAUGACUGUAAUGGGCGAUCCACAGUUCAGUUCCACAUAUUAGGCAUGAAAUGCAAGAUCUGUGAAUCCUACAACACUGCUCAAGCUGGAGGACGCAGAGUUUCACUGGAUCAGCAAUGACCAGCCUGUGUGGGACUGGAAAACUUGACAUUUUCUGAUCCAGAAAAUGGCAUCCUGUUAUCAUAGUGUGUCAUAAUCUCUGCAUUUGAGUUGAUAUGUUUUAUAGUAGUGUCACAACAUAAAAUCAUAUUACAAGUACUUAAGGAUUCAGGGCCUCUUUAUAGAAUCAUCAUAGCUCUAUCUAGGAUGAAAGCCACUGCACUUGUGUUCUGAUUGGAAAUUCUUUUAGUGCCAGUUGUUUGGAUGCCAAUGGUGUUUGCCACUGAUAUUCACAUUCAUAGAUGUAUGUUAAAUUUUCAUGGAACCUUGCUUUAAGUGACACUAUGCAUGCACAGUUCAUUCCUGGUUCUUGAUAGAACUGCACUUAAUUCUCAGUAAUAUUCUUGACUUUUAAAGGUCUGUGCUAAAAUGAGAAUAAGUUCUUCCUUAUUGUUAAAAUCUAAUUCCAUAUGCUUUAGAAUUUUCUAAGACAUUCCUUUAUUCUUUAAAUGUGAAUUUUGAUGUAAUAACUGCUAAUAAAAUUAUAUUGAAAUGUUGUUUUAUA